GUGUUACUAGUAUCAAGUUCAAAAGUGCCAAAUAAAUGGGUUGUUCCCAGUGGUGGUGUAGAACCUGAUGAAGAUUUUGCAACAGCUGCUCUACGGGAGGUUGCUGAAGAGGUUAGUCAUUUUUCAAGUAUACAUGUUAAUGAAUCACAGAUCACCCUUGUUAGAAUUCAAUAUUUUUCCUCAAAAGUAGUAUCAUAUUUAACAAUUAUCGAACAAAUAUUGAGCCAUUGGGCUGAUCAUGAUAAUUAUUAACCAUUGAGUGAAAAGGUGUGAUUUGCGCAGGAAUCUGAAUGACAUACUGUAAUGCUCAGAAAAUAUCUAUUUUUGAGUCGACCAAAGAGUUCUGCACAGAACUGUACCCAUCUCAAUUUGUUUACAUUGCUUUAGAGAUGCUGAUAGAGAAACAAAAUUUUAUUAAAGGUGAACACACCUUAAUGAGAAUAAUUUAUUUUAAUUUAGGCUGGUGUUAAGGGAACGCUAGGUCGAUUCCUUGGAACUUUUGAG